UUACCAAUGUUGGAGAAAUUAGAAUAAUAAUAAAAAAUAAACUGUCACUUUAACAUCUUAUCUUUUAACAAUUAGUAAAGUAAUUAAUAUUCUAAACGGCCCAUGAUCUUGAAAAUAAUUCAAGGUUACUUGAUUUGCGAACGCCAGAGUGGAUGACGCAAUUAGCGAUUUUUAUAUUACUCAUUGUUAAUCGCGUAAUAUUCUAUAUAAAAGUAAAAAAAAUCAUAACCUCAAUUGUUAAUAAAAAUCAAAAUGUUUCGCACAAUAAAUUAUUCCAAGAACUAAAAGAAUGAGUUGCUUUUGUGUGAAUAAUUGUUCUUUUCAACAUGAGAUCAGGAUUAUCAUUUUACAAACAGUUUAGAGCCUAAUUACUCUUUAAUUAUUACAAGAAAAACAAAUUAAUAACUGCUGGGAAGUUAUGAAGAAAUUUUCACGUGGACCGCUCUACCGGCGUCUUGAGAUGAUCAGCAAUAAUGGAAAAUUUAGACUUGUGAUGACAAAAAUAAAGGGAAGGAAACAAAGGAUCAAGGUGAUAAUCAAUAAUUAAUCCCUAAAAUUUUUUUGUUCACAGUUACAAUAUUUCAUAAAGCAAGAAAUUUCAAGAGGAUUCAUAGGUAGAAGAAGAUAAGGGAGAAGGAAUUUGGAUUGCUUCCAGCUAUCUUUUGGUCUCAUUCACAGAAAGUGUCUUCUGAUGAACGAAAGUACGAAGUAUUAUGCCAUUUACCUUUACCACCUUCAUUAUUUGGACGCGAUCCCACCUCUUGCUUUCUGUUUUGCUGCCACAGACCAGAUCAUCUUCUUCUGGUAAAAGCAGUUAUUCUCUUCGGUGAGAGCACAGACAGCAUCAUGCGCUUGAGAUUCGCAGUGAUAUUUUUCGCCGUGAUUAUCUCAGUGGCUCGAGCCACUGAUGAUUUAAAAGCCAAAACAUCAAUACCUCAGGGAACAGCAACACCACCAGUUAAAUUAGAUAAAACACUUCGAAGAGCACUUUUAAGAGCUCUCACUGAUUUAGAAACAGAAUCUGCCGAGCAACAUGUCAACAAUAAUUCCGAGGAAAAUCUUCAAAUUGACAAUGUAAAUUCAAAGAAGGAGGAAAAAAAUUUUGAAAAAUCAACAUUUUCCUUUAAUCAUUUCUCUGGCGAUGAUGAAAUUACCAACGAGGAUAAAUUACAAAAUUCGACAUUUAUCGAAAUUGAAAAAUUUGUCUCAUCUGAUUCGCCCGUUACUCUAAGGACAAUUAUCGAUAAACCGAGACAUUUUCUCAAGGUAACCAAUGCAAUUUCUCCUGAGAACUCAUCAUCAUCAUCAUCGAAAAAGGAUCAGACAGAAUCGAGAAAUUUAAAAUCCUCGAGUCCUUCUUCGGCCAACGAAAUCGAAACCGUGACUACAAAAUCUACAACGGCAACACAAUUCAAAGAAACUCUCAUAAGGAGCGAAAGUAGUGGUAUCGCGGCCGCCAAUGCUCUCGUUGCACCAAGACCCACAGCCUCAAGUCCCACGGUGUCACCAGCAACAAAUACUUCCUCGAGAAUUGCCACUAAAUCGACCAAAAACAAAGACGAUGACGUUGAGGAUGUGAAAAUAUUUCAAGCACCACUUGUCGCUGCCUUCACAGUUCAACAGGAUGAGCGAGGAAUUCCCAAAAGUGUCGUUCCAAUUUAUCGACCAUCAGGCGAUGGUCAAGCAUUAACACUUCAAGAACAAUUGGAUUUUAAGCAAAAAUUACUUGAAAAACAACUCGCCGAUCUUCAACAGCAACAAAUUCAACAAACACAAUUUUUACUACGUCAACAACAGGCCUACGAGGAACAAGUUCGACAGAAACAACAACAAGAUAUUUACAAUCAAGAACAAGCGAGUUUAAAACGUCUUCAGGAACAAACGAGACUCAAACAAAUUGAAGAGCAACGGCAAAAACAAUUUGAAGAACAACGACAAAAACAAUACGAAGAACAGCGACAAAAACAAUUCGAAGAACAACGACAGAAACAAUUAUUCGACGAGCAAAGACAAAAACAAUUUGAAGAACACGUUCGUUUGAAACAAUUGGAGGAACAACGAAUUUAUCAACAAAGACUUCAACAGUUGCAACAACAACAACAAAACAAUUUUCACCUUCAACAACUUCCUAUUGAACAGAACAAUGUUUUGUCAUUCAAGCAACAGAAGACCAAUAAUAAUAAUAAUAAUGUUCGUCUUCAGCCAAGCAUUGGAUUGGAAUUACCACAAAAUAUUCCGGCAAUUCCAUUUCAGUUUCAAUUUCAAGAUCAAUUGCGUGCACAACAACACAGGCAACAGCAACAAUUUCAUCAGCAGCAAAAUUUUCAUCAACAGUUCCCGCAACAGCAACAGCAGCAACAACUUCCACCGAAACAACAACCGCCACAGAAAAUUCAACAACAAACAUUUGCUCCCUUCUCUUCUGAUUUUCAGCCACCUAUAGUUCCACCCACGAGAUUUAAUCGACAGGAGGCAUUUGCAUCAGUCGGAAAUUUUGGAUUCAAUAACAUUAACAAUGGAUCGCCAAACAGAAAUACCUUCAAUUUCAAUCAAAUACAACAGAGACAACCCUCAAGUUUCGAUCAAUUUAGUCAAUUUCGCCAAACAAGACAACCCCUAUCGUCAGUGGUAGCAACACCAGCAAAACAAAUACAAAAUCUCCUCUAUCAAUCAGGAAUUGCAAAUGAAUUACAAAAUGGUAUUCAAGGCUUUCCUGGAUCGCAGGAAGAUUUGAAUAUUGUGUCGAAAGUUUUGGCAUUGAACGUGGGUGCGGUACCAUCAACGAACAAUCUUCAAUUUGAUAUAAAUCAACGAGCCUUGGCUUAUAAUAGAGCGCCAAGUGUCGCGUGAACUGUUGACUAUAUAAAAGGUCCUUCAACCUCCAUAUUAUAAGCGAUGUUGCUCUUUUGCCAAGUCAUGUAAAUUGCUAUACGAGCUGAUGAUAUUAAUAAGGUGAAAUCGAGUUCUCUCAUUCUCACUCUCUAGAAAACAUAUAUAUAUAUAUAUAUAUAUAUAUAUAUAUAUAUAUAUAUAUAUAUAUGUAUAUUUACUGCUCACGUCGGAGCCACCAAUAUGCUCAUCUUAUAUGCUAAGAGUAUCGU